AUGAAAGAUCGGUCGGCCGCUGUUCACGUUGGAAGUGAAGAUGUGCCCACUGCGCGUGCCCGCGGGGCUGCCAGGAAUAAGGCUACCAGUUCUAAGAACCGCCCCGGGCGUACUCCCAUUUGCGGUAAGGAUGCUGAAGAAAAUGCUCUUGCUGACGAACCUGCUAAACCUACAAGCCCCGUCGCCGUUGACUCAAGCGAUGCUGCUGUUGAUCGGUGUGGCUCAGUUUCCACAAGAAACCGUGCCGGUGACGCGAUCACCAACAAAAGAUCGAAGGUAGUGGAUAUUCCCCCACCUGCCCCGUCAGUUGGUUUGUUUUCGAAAUUCCAGGAGAGGAGGGGUGACUUUAGUUCCGAUUGGAUGCUGCUUCAAGAAGAGAAUGCGGCUAAUCAGCCUAGUGAACCCCCCAUUGCUGCCGAGUUGGUAAUGAAAUUACGAGAGCGACAGGCCCAAAUGCAGAUAAGUAGAGAUGAGGUCACCCUCAAGACUACAGGAAGCAGUGCAGUUAAGAACCGGGAUGAGGGAAGACUAGAGGCUUUGAAUGAGGAACUCAGGAAACAAGGUGCCGACGACGGUAAAAGUGACAGUGACGUGGAGUACGUCCCCCAGGAAGACACCCGCGGAUAUCGUUCGUUAAAACAACAGGGGGGUGAGGAAACUACGGUCGUGGGCUCGGCAGUUGCCGCACCUUCCACGAACUCUGAUGAAGCGGAAAAGGGAUUUCUCGACGAUUUUCUCGGGUUUUCUAAGGGAGACAGCGAAAAAAAUGCGGAUUCGCGAUACGCAGUGCAGGCGACUGUAACUUUGAAGAAUGGAAAGUGCGUUUUAGCCUCAGAUGAGGUUUCAUCAGGUCAAGGUGGAUACGACCCUGGGCACUCCUAUUUGGGGGAGGAAACACGGUCUGUGCCUCUGUGGUGUGUGGGUCGUCUAACCGGACAAAAAGAAUACGCCAAAGACGCGGCUAUCGCUCUUCACCAGGAGAUAUGUGAUUUCGUCAAGUUUCAUCAACCUACUGAGGCUGAAAUUGCUAUACGGUGCUUAGUAGAAGCGGAGGUAGUCACCAUCGCCAAACAACUGUGGCCAAAGUGUGAACCUGUGGUGUUUGGAAGUAUGGCCACAGGGCUUCUGUUGCCACUCUCCGAUGUUGACAUAACUAUCCUCAAUGUGGAUGUGCCGACAGAGGAAGCUCUAAGGCUUCUGGCGCGUGAGAUUAGUUUGUCCGGCAUCUGCAAUACCGCUUACCCGCAGCUGGUUCUUAAGGCAAAAGUUCCGCUGCUAAAGUUUCAGCACUGUGGUUCGUUGCUGGAUGUUGAUAUAAGCAUCAACGCACGAGACGGGCCGCGGAACACGUUGAUUGUCAUUGAUUUGCUGAAACACUAUCGCGAGGCAGAGCCGCUGAUUGUAGUCGUGAAAUACUUUUUGCAUCAGCGUGGAAUGGACGAACCGUACCAUGGCGGUUUGGGUUCCUUUGCCCUCACCCUUAUGGCAAUAAGUUUUUUGCAACAACACCCAAUAUACACAGGCUCUCCGGAUCAACGUCUUUACUGUGGACUAGGCCGCCUUCUUGUGGAUUUCUUCCGUUAUUAUGGCAUGUACUUUCGUUAUGAUCGCUGCGGUUUGUCAGUUGUUGGUACUGGCAGAUGCUUUAAACGUACGGACGUUUGUGCUUCUUCAGUGCGGCCCAUGACCAAUGGAGCCAAUAGCUCGCUUGGGAGAGGAGGACCGCAAUCUGGGCCACCACAAGUGUUACUGGAGGACCCGGGAUGUCCCGAGAAUAAUGCAGCUAGUUCACUUCGUAAUUUUAAUGUCAUUGCAACUUCUUUCACCCAUGCAUUCCGUGCGUUAACAGCGGUAUUUGAACCCAACCGUAGGCCGGGUUCUUCCUCUCCUGAUGCGUUGCACAUUGACCAACGCCCAACGCUGCUGUCACGCAUCUUGCACGUGGAUGGGGAAAGUGUGAAGAGGCGACAGGCCAUAAUCGAAGCACAUGGGUCACUCUUGCAAGAUCCGAAUGGCCGUCUUGUGUUGCAGCAGGUUGUAGAUGAGCACAAACAGAGGAGGGAGCGCAUGCUUGAAAACGUUUCGCUUCUCAGCUGCCCUCCCACAAGUGAUAGGUUGGUUUCUCACAAACGACCUCGUGAAGAUAGUAACGAAGACAAGUUCUCCAAGAGUAGGAGGGGCGACAGUUGCUCAUCGAACGACAGUUCGGUCCGCACGGCUCGGUCAUUGACCCGACGUUAA